AUGAAAUACUCUCUGCUCAAGCCCGAGUCGCAGGCAAUGGAAGAACGGGGACAUGAUGAGCAAGAGCCUUCCCACGAUCCUUGGAAGCAGCGUUUCACGAUCUUGAACAUCGUCCUCUUUUUCUUCUCUGCAUCACUCCUUCUGCUUGCCGUUCGGAUAGAGGAUGCACGGACGCCCAGAGACGACUUGGGCUACCAACGACUGUAUUCCCCGAUCUGGAGCGCGGUUGAAUACCAGAAAAAGGUAUUCUACGCCGAUGUGGAAGCCAACAAGAAGUACGUCGGUCAGCCGCGGCCAGAGCUGGACGAGGCCUGGGCCAACAUUACCGAAGGCCAUCUGAUACUACUGAAUGAGACCGGUGUUCGAGCCCUCGGUCAAUCGCUGGACGAGGCUGUCAGUCUUGAAGGCAAAUACUUUGCCCUCCCCGAGUACUACCACCAGAUGCACUGCCUCGACAUCAUCAGGAGGUCGUUUUGGCGGGAGCACUAUUCGGAUUUCAAGGUGUUUCAGUUCAGCGAAGAGGCGAUCAUGGGUCACAUAGAUCAUUGCUUGGAUCUUCUUCGGCAAAUGAUUAUGUGCACUGCGGACGUUGGACUCAUCAUUUAUUAUUGGGAGGGAGCCGACAGGGAACCACAGGCCAAGUUCGCCACUGAGCACAUGUGCAGGAACCUGGACCGGAUCAAUGAUUGGGUGCUCGAGCACAAGUGGGAAGAUGAGGUUACUUUUGAUCCUCUGGACCCACACAUGAUGUUGUCGCAUCGAAACUGA